AUAAGAUUCAUCGCAUGUUCUCUGAACUUUUGGGACAUACAGGGGUUACAUGGAAUCCAAAUACCAACAAAGUUAAUGCUGCAGAGGAAGUUUGGCAACACUUUUAUACGAUUAAUAGGUCGGAUUACAAGAUGUUCAAGAGGGAAGGAUGUAAGCACUACCACACUCUUGGGGAGAUAUUUAGUGGGACUACAGCUACUGGAGGAUUAUGCAAAGCCUCCACUCAGCUUCCAAACACAUCAGAGGAAGAAAGGCAACUAGAAGAUGAUUUUUUGAAUAGGGGAGUGCAUGUACAUGCAGAGAAUGAUGAUGAAGUCGAUGUGGUUUCUGAUAUUCGUUGACGUAACGAAAUUGGUACAUCAGGUGAACGACGACGUAAGGAACCUAAGAUUAGUAAAAGUGAUAAACUUGAGGCAUGCAUGGCACAAUGGUCAUCUACAGUUAGUAUGAGGAAUGAAGAAACUGAACUUAGAACACUUUAUCUAAAAGAAAAGCUUGCAAAGAUUCAAGGAAAAUCAAGUAAUCAGUCAGAUGUUGAAGUUAACAGUCCGGAUCCUUAUUCAAAUGUCAUUUGCAUGGACAUCUUAAACGAUAUUGAAGGGUUGUCUAAUGAGGUUUAUAUGAAAGCAAUACAGGCUUUUAAUGAUCCUAAUUUCAGGGUGUCAUUUGUGAAGAUGCCAGAAGCAAGGAGAGGACCUAUCUUGGAACUACUUUGAUGUGACUGUUGUUUUAAUUUUUCUAGUAACGUGUUGUUCUAAUUUGUGAUGUUG